CCUUGAAAGCUACAGGGACUCUGGAGCUGUCUGCUAGAUUAGUUGUGCAUCCCUCCCAGCUGCAAGGGGUUCUGGAGGAGGAGGCUGGACCAAGAGAUCCCCAGAGAGGGUUCCUGAAAAAACUUGGCAGAUCUGAGGGUUGGCUGUGGCUGCCCUGGGCUCAGCUCGGCUCCAGAUGCAUUACCAUUCUGGGACCCAGGUUAAAGGCAGAGCACCCAUCUGGGAUGUGCUGCUCUCAUGACAGAGGACAGAAAUGCAAGAGUUGCUGGCCAACCGUGGACACAUCCACUCACAUCUCAUUGACCAGAGCACAUCACACGAGCAAGCCAAAGUCAGUAAGAGCUCUGACCAUGCAUGGGCUGCGGAAGCUCCAGAGGGUUUGCAUCUUGCGGGGCACUCAGAUGUCACGAAGCACUGCCCACCUUCACACCAAGCACCUGGCAUCCCUGCAGUGGGGCCGUCAGGAAGUUCCUGCCAAGUUUAACUUUGCUAGUGAUGUGAUGGAUCACUGGGCUAGCAUGGAGAAGGCUGGCAAGCGAUCCCCAGGCCCAGCCCUGUGGUGGGUGAGCGGCGAUGGGGUUGAAGUGAAGUGGAGCUUCAGCCAGCUGAAUGAACUUAGCCAGAAGGCGGCUAAUGUCCUUUCAGGGGUGUGUGGCCUGCAGCGUGGAGACCACGUGGCAGUGAUGCUACCCCAAGUGCCUGAGUGGUGGCUGGUAACCCUGGGCUGCAUGCGAGCAGGCCUCGUCUUCAUGCCUGGGACUGUCCAGAUGAAAGCCAAAGACAUUCUCCAUAGGCUGCAGGUGACUAAGGCCAGGGCCAUCUUGGCUGGGGAUGAAGUGGCCCAGGAAGUGGACACUGUGGCACCUGACUGCCCUUCUCUGAAAACAAAGCUACUGGUGUCUGGGAAAAGCCGGGAUGGGUGGCUGGACUUCAAAACACUACUACAAGAAGCGUCGACUGCGCACCGCUGUGUGAAGAGUGGAAGCCAAGAAGCAGCUGCCAUCUACUUCACGAGUGGGGCCACCGGCCUUCCCAAGAUGGUGGAGCACUCCCACUCAAGCCUGGGCAUCAAGGCCAAGAUGGAAGCUGGUGCAUGGGUAGACCUGCGAGCCUCUGACAUAAUAUGGACCAUAUCAGACACAGCUUGGAUAUUGAACAUCUUGACCUCAUUUCUGCAACCUUGGAUAUCAGGAGCAUGCACAUUUGUCCACCUCUUGCCAAAGUUUGACCCAGCAGUCAUUCUAAAGGUGCUGUCCAGCUACCCAAUCAACAACAUGGUAGCCCCACCCAUCAUUUACCAGACGUUGCUACAGCAGGACAUUUCCAGUUACAAGUUCCCACAUCUACAGAACUGCUUCAGUGGAGGGGAGACCCUCCGUCCAGACAUUCUGAAGAGCUGGAGGGCCCAUACGGGACUGGACAUUCGAGAAUUCUAUGGCCAGACAGAAACGGGACUCAUUUGCAAAGUUUCCAAGACAAUGAAAAUCAAACCUGGCUACCUGGGAACUGCAAUUCCCCAUUAUGAUGUGCAGGUCAUAGAUGGUGAGGGCAAUGUCCUGCCCCCCGGUGCAGAGGGAGACUUGGCCAUCAGGGUCAAACCCAUCAGGCCUGUAGGCAUCUGCUCUGGCUACGUGGACAAUAUGGAGAAGACAGCAGCCAACAUUCGAGGAGAUUUUUGGGUCUUGGGAGACCGAGGACUCAAGGAUGAAGACGGAUAUUUCCAGUUCUUGGGGCGGGCAGAUGAUAUCAUUAACUCCAGUGGGGUCUUCUUCAGAUAUCAGAUUGGGCCCUUGGAGGUGGAGAAUGCACUGAUGGAGCACCCCGCUGUAGUCGAGACCGCUGUAAUCAGCAGCCCGGAUCCCGUCCAAGGAGAGGUGGUGAAGGCAUUUGUGGUCCUGGCCCCACAGUUCCUGUCCCAUGACAAGGACCAGCUGACCAAGGAGCUACAGCAACACGUGAAGUCGGUGACGGCCCCAUUCAAGUACCCGAGGAAGGCUGUGGAUGAGGCUGCUAACCCCAGAGGUCUGGCCUGGCAAUAACCAAGAAAGUCCACAAUCAGUUCAGCUACUGCCUGAACAUCAGCCUCAAUCUUUAGCUCCCAGGGGAACAAGUGCCAGCUAAUACUGGCCUAUAUUCCUACUCUCUGCACUGGGAUUCUCACACUUGUGUUAAACAAAAUUCAACUGAGGAAAUCCUUUCCAAUGAGGUUUGAAGGCUAUUCUUCUCUGACGGUGUUUCCAGAACACCCAACCACCAGGCUCCAGACUGUGACCACAAGGAUUCUUUGAACUGGAGUCCAAAAAGCCUUCUUUUAAGCUGUUGAUGACAGGCUGUAGCAUAAGAUAUUAAAAACAAAGAGUUACUGGCCAAACCAGCAUGAGACAACAAGAUGUCAGAAGAAACUUGUACGCCAUUAGACACUGAUCUUCUGGGGACUGGCCCCUGCACACGUCUCCUUUAUGAUUUCAAAGGAGGAUAUCGCAAACAAUCAGCAAGACCGAAGUCCCUUAGGUCAGGAAAGUCUAGUCUAGUAGUUUUAGUAAAUUUAGAGAUUUUCAGUUUGAAUAUCUCAUUUUUCCUACCUUGCCUGAUGAUUGGGGGGAAUAUGGACAGUGAUCAUUCCAAGGUUUUCAUUAAGGUUUGUAUGAUUUGCCCAGUGAUGUGGGUGCCUCAAUCACUGGAGAUUAUAGAAGGUGUACCCCAAGGGGGAAAGAUGUCUUCAAACACAAUUUCUUUGCCAUUGUAAGGGCAUCAGCCUUGCGACAGGAGGCGGCUUUAACCCAUCCAAAAAACACAUGCAAUAAGAACAUGUCGAUAAUCCAUGGUGUGGUGUCAGUUGAAUGAAGUCCAGCUGUAGGUGUUCAGAGAGUUCAGAGGGAGGAAUUCUGAGGCCUCUAGGAAUAAAAUAUAGUUCUUACAGGAUUGUAGACCUGACAGGUCAGGCAUUACUGGUAGGCUGUUUGUGCGGCUUUGUAGAAGUCUCCCUGCCAAUGUUGAUUCAUAAUCUGGAUCAUCUUCAAUGCACCAUGGUGGGUGAAGGAAUGUAAAACACAAAAAGUGGGGUUGGGAUUUGCCAGGGCAUUGGGAAGAACUGAGGAACAGUCCUGGGUUUCCCAGAGACCUGGCUGUUUGAUUAAUUUAUGACCAUUUCUACCGAUCUUAAUUUCUCUGAUUCAGGAAUAGACUGUUGUCAUGUUGCAAGGACAUCAGGAUGGCAAAAGUCUGUCAACAAGGAGUCAUUUUGUUUUUUACAGAAGCAGGAUGUGCUUUAUCCACAUGUGUCACAAUCUUUAUAGAUUUUUGUUGCUGCCACCUUUGUAUAAAAGUCACCUGGGGCAGUUCCCUGCUACUCAGGUUCAGUUCUUUUAGUGUGAGCUUCAGUUUUGAAGAGAGCAGUUUCAGAAGGUAAGAUAAUUUUAUAUAAUUUCUAGGACACUUACAUACCUACACAAAUACAACAUAAAGUUCGGUAUUACUUCUUAUUUGACAAUAAUUCCCAUGUAAUUUAUCAUGUCAGAUAAGCCUAAUUAGUUUAACAAAUCCUUUGGAAUGCUCAUUUCUUCCAGGUCAAAAAAGACUUCAUUUAGAAUUUCAAUUUGGUAAAUUUAUACCAAAUAUCAAAAACAGGUUUUAAAACAUUUGAUGAAAUAGGAUUGUAGGUCACUGGGAAACAAUACUUAGUUGUCUAUUUAACCCAAGCAACAGUUAAAGACAUCAACUUACAUAGUUGCUAGCAGAACUUAGCUCUUUAAAUUUUGAAAAGAUUCUGUUAUCUUAAGAAAUCAAAGACCCCAUACAGACAAAAUAUAGAAUCUUUUUAUUUAGACAGAUUAAUUACAGAUAAAAAUCUUUGUUUAUAAUUUCUUUUAAGAACAGACCCAUAAUCUAGAAAACUAUGUCCUUUAAACAGAGAAACAAGACAAAUUCUAAUCUUACACUGGUGUACUUGGAUACUGAAAUUUAUUCUUAAGUAAACUCAUUUUCAUCUUAGCCAGUCUGACCACACAUUAAAAUUAUUUUUCAAAGAUUCCUUUUCCAUGUAUCUUCUACAACUCUUUUUUUCACAUUUAGAUUUUGUCCUAAGUUUUCCUGUAACCAGUUUUACUUAGGACAAAUUUACCUUCUUUUCCUGUAACAAAAAUGUCUUUCCAUUCAUUAUGCCUUCUUUUAUCAAAAGUAUACAUGCUACUUUUCUUGUAUACAGAACUGUUUCUCUUAUUAUUUCUAGUGCCUCUAAUUACAUUAGAAUCCUUAACCUUUAGAAGCCUCCAGUACUUUCUAGUGAAGACUAAUAAACAAUUGUGAACUGUCAUAACAGUAUUCCUUAGAUUUGCAAAUUUAUGAAUAUAUUUCAGAAUUUCUAGAAGCAAAUAACUGCCAUUUUCAAUUUUUCAGUGCAGCCCUAACACAUCCAAAUAAGUUUUAGUUUCUCUGUAAUAUGAAGCUAAAAGUAGAUCAUUCUGUUCAGUAAUUAAUAUUUCAGUAUUCUAUCUUAUUGGGAAUAAUCUAGAUAUUCAAUGAAUACCAUUACUUAACUUAGCUGCAAAAUUCUAAGGAUGGAAGCUACCAAAGAGAUUUGGAAAACUGUUCAAGUUGACAUAAAUAUUGCUGGAAAGAGUUCAUUAUUACACUUUAUCUUACACCUAUUUAAUUUACUUGUCUUAUAAUUUUGUUUAGAUUACCUACAAAAACUUUAUUAAACAUUAGAGAAAGUCGGCCAUUUUUCUUGUUGAUAAAUUCUGUAGCAGAGAUAACAUGAACUUAUUUGAUUAGUAAAGCUAGGUAAAAUAAAAAUAUAUUUAAUAUUGAUAA